UUAUCGAUUUAACAAAGUUGUGGGUAUUAUUUGAUCCUUCACAUAAAACUUGUCUCUACAGUAAAAGGAAACAAACGAACAAGUAAUGAUGUUUAAUAAAUACGAACUGAAAGAAGAUUCAGCAGACAGACGACAGAAUGCCGAAAAUGUGAUGAGUUUACUAAAGUAUAUGCACAGAUCAGAAAUUAGUCAGUUUGAACAAGAUUAUAAUGGAGGGUAUGAUAGUGAAGACGUAGCUUUUCCCUUUUUGGAAGACAAUGACCAAAUCCCGGACAAAAGAAAACGUGUAAGUGAUAUCAGUUUAAGGGUUCUCAUUUUACUCACUGAAAGUUCUUUUUUUACUUCACUGCAACAUUAUCGGCAACAGAAAAUGAGCAAAAUCGAAACAGACAACUUUUUGAUGAACAGUUUUUCCAAAGAGUACAAACAAAUUGAAGACCAGGUCUGUAAAGAAAUGGGUUUAAAUGACUCCAAUAGCUGUACGGAAGACCUGCAUUCAUUUAACUUAAAUGAAAUGACUGAAGAAUAUAUCGAAGACCCACUAUUCUUAGAAGAAGUGAAACAAAUAUUAAGUUUGUCCGGACUCGACGCAUUGUUUGCGGAAAGAGAAAAAGAAGCAGUGGAAAAGAAGAAAGGUGGAAAGAUCGUAAUCAGAGACCCUAAACUAUUCAAACCGAUGCCAAUACAAAAUGUGUCCGAUAUUAAUUCGCUGUCUGGUAUAUGGAGGCUACUUGAAGGAGAAUCAGUCGACAAUGGCUUUCCCAUUACUGAGAUCGGUUAUAAUAUUCUCAACGAUGAACGUUUGAGCUGGUUGCAUAGAGACGAUAUUACAAUCGAAAGAAGAGAAGAAAAUCGUUUAAAGUGUGAGCAAUGGAUGAAGAAAUGUGAAAUGUAAUGUGGUUAUAACGGUUUGUGUCUAUUCUAAAAAUCGCCUUGAA